AUGUAAAUGUUGAUAACAUAAGAGUUAUUUUAACAGAAACAAUAAAAACGAAAGACUUUCUCGAAUGGUUCAACUUUGUAAACUUCUGAAUUACCUGAAUAUUUAGGAAUCUAAACAAUUGUAGAGGAAAAUGACGAGUAGGCAAAAUCAUAUUGUAAAUAGCCGUCUCCCUCCUAUGUUCAUUAUCAUAAUCUUACAAAAUAAGUGAUGAAUUUAAUGAAAAACACUCAUUCAUAAUUAACUCCAUCUAUAGGUAAAAAAAAAUCGGAAUCGAAUUUAAGAGAAACAAUAGACUUCGAUUAAUUUAAAAGAUUGAUGAAAGCAAUAUACUACCCAACAAAUUAAGCCAACAAAUUAGUCCUUAUCAAAAAAAGGGCUUUUUCAUAAAAAAUUAUCUAAAAAUAAACUUCAUGA